AUGGGACCUUUCCCAUCUUCCUAUGGAAACCUAUACAUUUUUGUGGCUGUCGACUAUGUAUCUAAGUGGGUAGAGGCUUUGGCCAGUCCCACUAAUGAUGCAAAGGUCGUCCCGAAGAUGUUCAAGUCAGUGAUCUUCCCUCGGUUUGGUGUGCCAAGAGUUACAAGCUCGAGAAGUUACUUAGGAAGCAAAAAGCCCAAGAGAUGGCCGACGAAGCAGCUCGCGCUCACGCCGCCUGAAGUGGCUCGAGCUAAUGAAGAAGGAAGAGAUCCACCUCCUCCUCCUAAUCCACAAGAUCCUGCUGGGGAUGUCAAUGUGCAACCUCAAGCCGACGUUCAAACAAUCGGAGACUAUGACUCUGCCGAUGCUUCUUCACGGAUAGAAACCCUAUCCAUCCACCACUUCCUGCAAGGAAUGACUAUGAGAUCAAGCCUCAGAUCAUAG